AUGGCAGACGGAUUGAACCAAGCCCGCGCUAUGCGAGUCGCAGAGAUAAUCAACGACUACCGCACUCUCCUGCUCCACAUCUCGCAACAAAAUGUCGAAGCAUCCCAAGAAGAAUACUGGGAAGAUGGCUUCGUAGUACUCCGCGAGUCCAUAGCCUCAGCCCAGACCCUAAUGUCCGCCAAUUACCAAGCCUGUCCGGUAACAGGGCAAGGGAACGUCGAGACCGAGAAAGCCGAGCUACGAAGAGUCAUCCUGGACAGCAGUGCACGCCGAUUCCAGGCGCACAAGAUCUACCUGCGCGCCGCCGCAGCCCGGCGAUGGGCCAUAACCCGCGCCAGCGCUCUCCGCGGCUCCAAUCCAACGGCCCAGUUGAAGAGCACAACUGCCACCCUCCAUCAGGAUCUGGCUCGCUUCACGGAUCAGCAUGUCGUGGCGGACUUGCGAGCUGCUGAUCUACGCGCUGGUCACUGGCUUGACGAUGAUCCAUCCUUGGAGGCAAUCCAUCGCUGGGUCGCGGGCCGGUAA